AUGAAUGGGUCAAAUAUUGUAUUAACGCAUAAGUUCAAUGGUACCAAUUUUAAACUGUGGAAGUACCAAAUGCCAGCAUUGCUAAGAAGUAAAGGAUUGUUGGGCAUAGUCACUGGAGAGAGUCCUAAACCAACAGAGAAUGAAGCAGUAGUAGUCAAACAAGAAUGGUUUAAAAAGGAUGGUUUAGCACUGGCUAUAAUUGUUAAUGCACUUGAAGAUGAACAGGCACAAUUGAUUUUGAGUUGCAAAUACUUUGCCAUAAGAAUCUCUGAGACAAAAUUAGCAACCGAAAUAGAAAGUCAAGGCGAACAACUGAGUGAAAAUAUAAUGGUCAGGAUAGUCAGUGGAUUAACUUCACGGUUUAAAAAUUUUAAGACUGUCUGGUAUAAUGUCAAAGAAGGUAGAGAUUUUAAUAACUUAAUGAGACGACUUCAAUUAGAAGAAGAUCAGUUAAAUAAAGCUGAUAGUAGUACUGAAGCCACAUGGUAUAGGGAAUGCAAAAGGAACAAACAGAAAGAUAAUAAAGGACCCAGGUAUUCGCAGAAUUCAGAUUGUACAGAGCCAGUUUUUGCAUCAACCAUACAAGAAAUUAUCCUGCAAAAUUCUGACAGGUGGUUGGCAGAUUCUGGAGCGUCUGAGCAUAUGACAUUUAAAAAGGAAUGGUUCUCAGAUUUCAUUGUACCUAACCUUUGUGGUGGAAGGGAGUCACCCUGGAAGCUACAUGUUUAA